AUGCUAUCAUUCAACCAAACUAUUAAUAACCAUAAGACCUUCACCCUUACUGGGAUUCCAGGAAUGCCAGAGAAGGACUUCUGGUUGGCCCUGUCCCUCUGUCUUCUUUACAGUUUCACAUUCCUGGGUAAUGUCAUCAUCCUAGCUGUCAUCAAAGUUGAACAAUAUCUCCAUGAGCCCAUGUAUUAUUUUCUGGCAAUGCUAGUUGCCACUGACCUCAGCCUUCCAUUGUCUUCCGUGCCCACCAUGAUCAGUGUUCACUGGCUUAGCUGGUGCUCAGUAACCCUUGAUGUCUGCGUCACUGAAAUGUUCUUCAUCCACACCUUUGGGGGAGUGGAAUCGGGUGUUCUGGUGGCCAUGGCCUUUGACCGCUUUAUGGCUAUUCGCUUUCCUCUGCACUACGCUACCGUUCUCACUCAUGGAGUCAUUGGCAGGACUGGAGCAGCAGUCCUGCUGUGGAGUGUGGGGAUUGUGCUCCCUGCACCUCUCCUCAUCAAAAGGUUACCUUUCUGCCACUCCAACACCCUCUCCCAUGCAUACUGCCUCCAUCAGGAUGCCAUGAGGCUUGCCUGUGCUGACACCCGUGUCAACAGCAUCUACGGCCUCCUGGUGGUGACCUUCGUCAUUGUGGUAGAUGCCUUGCUCCUCUUGGCCUCUUCCUUUCUAAUCUUCCAGGCAGUAUUGGGCAUUGCUUUGGAAGAGACACUCAAGGCUCUCAAUACCUGCCUCUCUCAUAUCUGUGCCGUGCGGCUCUUCUAUGUACCUCUCGUUGGCAUGACUGUGAUUCACUGCUUUGGGAAGCAUUUGUCACCCAUAGUACACACAGUCAUUGCCAGUACCUACCUGCCACUGCCUCCUCUGCUCAGUUCGAUUGUAUACAGUGUUAGGAUCAAGCAGACCUGUCAGUGGAUUGUCCAAGUGUUCCGUGGGGGUAGGGUGGGCUCUUAG